CGUAGCAGGAACUAGCUAAAAACAGUCUUUAGCAUCCAAGAUGGCGGGAGCUGACAGUGACGACUCUCUGUACCCUAUUGCUGUAUUAAUUGACGAAUUAAGGAAUGAAGAUGUUCAGUUACGGUUGAAUAGCAUUAAGAAACUGUCAACCAUUGCCUUGGCUUUGGGAGUUGAAAGGACACGCACUGAACUUCUCCCCUUCCUCACAGAUACCAUCUAUGAUGAGGAUGAAGUUCUGCUUGCCCUUGCUGAGCAACUGGGUAACUUCACUAUGCUGGUUGGAGGCCCUGAAUAUGUCCACUGUCUCCUUCCCCCUUUGGAGAGUUUGGCUACAGUUGAAGAGACGGUGGUUCGAGACAAGGCAGUGGAGUCCUUGAGGAAGAUCUCCCAUGAACACUCUCCAGUGGACCUGGAGGUGCACUUUGAGCCUCUGGUGAAGCGUUUGGCCAGUGGUGACUGGUUCACAUCACGUACCUCAGCUUGUGGACUCUUCAGUGUUUGCUACCCACGAGUUUCCAGUACAGUUAAAGCUGAGAUUCGCCAGCACUUCCGCACCCUGUGUUCUGAUGACACUCCCAUGGUGCGCCGUGCCGCUGCAUCCAAGCUGGGAGAGUUUGCCAAAGUGUUGGAGCUGGAGUAUGUUAAGAGUGACAUCAUUUCUCUGUUCACUGCAUUGGCAUCUGAUGAACAGGACUCUGUUCGUCUUCUGGCUGUGGAGGCUGGUGUCAGUAUUGCCACUUUAUUGCCCCAAGAGGACCUGGAAGCGCUGGUAAUGCCCACCCUACGCCAGGCAGCAGAAGACAAGUCCUGGAGGGUUCGCUAUAUGGUUGCAGACAAAUUCUCAGAUCUGCAGAAGGCCGUAGGUCCAGAGAUCACAAAGAAUGACCUAGUGCCGGCCUUCCAGAAUCUUCUUAAAGACUGUGAGGCUGAGGUUCGGGCAGCUGCUGCCAACAAGGUCAAAGAAUUCUGUGAGAAUCUACCCGAGGACAGCCGAGAGACGAUCAUCAUGGCACACAUUCUUCCCUGUGUUAAGGAACUUGUCUCAGACACUAAUCAGCAUGUAAAAUCUGCCCUGGCUUCAGUCAUCAUGGGCCUCUCCACGAUCUUGGGCAAAGACAACACCAUCGAGCACCUGCUACCCCUUUUCCUGGCCCAACUAAAAGAUGAGUGUCCAGAGGUCCGCCUCAAUAUCAUCUCCAACUUGGAUUGUGUAAAUGAGGUGAUUGGAAUCCGCCAGCUUUCCCAGUCUCUUCUUCCUGCUAUCGUUGAGCUGGCUGAAGAUGCCAAGUGGAGAGUUCGGCUGGCGAUCAUCGAGUACAUGCCCCUUCUGGCUGGACAGCUGGGUGUAGAGUUCUUCGAUGAGAAGCUGAAUUCUUUGUGCAUGGCCUGGCUCGUUGAUCAUGUAUAUGCCAUCAGAGAGGCAGCUACCUGUAACCUGAUGAAGCUGGUGGAGAAGUUUGGAGCAGAAUGGGCACAAAACACCAUUGUACCCAAAGUCCUGGGAAUGGCCAAUGACCCCAACUACCUGCACAGGAUGACCACCCUCUUCUGUAUAAAUGCUUUGUCUGAUGUGUGUGGCCAGGAUAUUACCACCAAACACAUGCUCCCUGUAGUUUUGAAGAUGUCCAAUGACCAGGUUGCCAAUGUACGCUUCAAUGUGGCCAAGUCUCUUCAGAAGGUCGGACCUGUGCUGGAUAGCAACUGUCUGCAGACAGAAGUGAAACCAGUUCUGGAGAAACUGGCAUCAGAUCAAGACAUGGAUGUCAAAUACUUUGCCCAAGAGGCCAUCAGUGUUCUUGCCCUGGCCUAAUGCACCUGCUUGCUGAACAUGAGACCCAUCUCAAGUUGACCUCCACUGUAUUUAUUGACAUCCAGGAUUAUCCACUGGACUGUUUCUGGAGAAUCAAUGUGUUCUGUUCCCUCUCAGUGAGAAAUGUUUUGGGGAAACUUGGCUCCUCUCAGUGUUUUGUCAGACUGUAACUCUCUUCACCCUCAGCUGUGAAUUAAUGUUCACCACACCAUUUUACUUUGCAUUCUUACCCCACAAUAGGGCUGGCACCAAAUGCCCUUACAUGCUAUGUGUAUUUUGCUAACCCUCAGGCUGGGGUCGCACUCUUAGAUGCCGUUUUACUAUUUGCGUAACAACGUAAUGACUGCUUAGCCAUUAUUUCAUCAUAGAAUUAGAGAAAUCAUAUUAUUAGAUGUAAUGGUUGAAGCAUCAGUUGUCCGGCUUUAACUGUAAUGCAUAACUUCAGUCGUCAACCUAAUCUGCGCUGAACUUUGUUUGCUUUUAGUGCUGAUUUGAAGUAUGGCAUGAGUUUUGACCCAUGCAUGUAUACAGCAUGGCAAAGGGUGAAUCACUACUGCUCCUGUUUUUUUUAAUUUCUCAAUAUUCCUGUAUCCCUCUUUCUUAAACUGACUGUUGAACAAAGACCCCUGAAAAAACUAGACACAUCUUCAUGCAUUCAGUGGCAUGCUCUUAUACCAUUCUCCAAUUCUAAAAAAACUAAAAUGUGUAUCUUAAAGGGACCACAAUGCAUUUUGAUUUCCUUCCUGUAACUGUAAGAACAGAGGAUAGGCACUCAUAAACAGCCCCUUUUAUAUUUAAGGCAAGUUUUUAUUUUCUGUGCCAUUGACCUUAUUGCACAUUUUUCUUUUUUCUUUUCUUCUUUUAAGAUUUGUGUCAUUUGUAUGAAGACAUCUGCAUGACUCUUGCACACAGGUUACAUAGACCAUCAGUAUAUAUGGAAGAGAUCCUCUGUUAACCACAGGGCACAUUAAUAAUGAUGGGUAAACCCUCUCCCUUAUUAACACAUUUGCUUUGCCUGUGAUGUUGACUGUCCAAUUCCUCAGCUUCAGAGUGCAGUCAGUAUAAUAGUGUCUUCUAUGUUAUGAGUGUCAUUAGAAUGUGCUUUGGGUUUUAUAUGAAUAUGGUCACAUUGCCCUUGAUAGAAGACAAAACUCAAUAAAGAACAUUAUAUA